AUGGCUGAUCUCACACAUGCAAUUGCUGGGUCUUUUGCUGCUGUAAUGACUGCAUCAAUGGUGCAGCCUUUAGAUGUCAUAAAAACUGGAAUUCUUACACAAACUCGCCCAAUUACAAUAAGAGAAGCAUUUGCGCUGAUAUACGAAACUUAUGGAUUUAAAGGAUUUUGAAGAGGCCUAAAGCCUGCAGCUUAUAAAUCUUUUAUGGCAGGAGGUAUCCAAUUUUCAUUACUUGAAAUGUUUAACAAACUUCUAAAAUCUGAAAAAUCAAUUACAAGUCGAUUUUUGCAUGAUAGCCAGUCAGCAGGUCUCUCAAGACUUGCAGUAAUCACAGCACUUUCUCCUUUAAGCAUAAUAAAGCUGAGAAUGGAGGCGCCACAAUUUAAUCAAUAUUCUAGCGUUAGUGAUGCUUUUGUGAAAAUUUUUAGAGAAGAAGGAAUAAGAGGAUUUUAUAAAGGCUUAUUUUCAAAUUUACUAUCCUUGCCAACUUAAUUUUUUCAAAAAAUAAUUUAAUAUAUAAAAAUAAAAUAAAAUUAUUUUAAUUAAAGAGUAAGGGAUUUACCUUACUCUGCAUUAGCAUAUGCAUUUUAUGAGCAAUACUCUAUGUUUAUAUACUAUAUCACUGGAAUGGACAAGGGGUAUUCACUCAAUAAUUUUGUUUCUGGUGUCUCAGCUGGAUUUACAGCGUGCCUAAUAACCCAGCCUUUUGAUAUCAUGAAAACAAGACUGCAAUUUGCUGAUGUUGGAGGACAAAAAGUGAGAGGACUUUUCUGUGGCUUAGUUGGGAUAUGGAAUGAAGAAGGAUUAAGAGGAUUCACCAGAGGGUUAACAGUCAGAGUAGUAGAAAGGUCCUGCUCUUUUGGGAUUGUAUGGCUGCUCUAUGAAAAAGCGAAGCUGGGAUUGAAAAAAUAG